CUUGAACAUGACAUUUCAGUUUGGGACAUGGCCGAGAAGGCCGCCAAGCAAGUCAUCUCGGGAUGGCUUCUGCGGCGGUCUACGACCGGGUUCUUCCAAGUCAAGGGCACAGGGGACUGGAGCCGUGUGUGGUGCGAGUUUGACGUCCUUGCUGGUCUCUUUGCAGUGUACUUGGAUGGUGAGAAGCACCGUCGCCUGCUCAAUUGGAAAGUCCAGGUGUGCACGAUCAACCACGUCCGCAACGACGGUCGGUUCUGCAUUGAGAUAGAGUACAGCACCCAAAGGAAGAAGGAAACGUUUGCGUCUACGUCCAAGAGCUACGACAUCGAGUGGUGGUUUGACGUACUGGCAACGUCAAAGGCCGCCCUUGCUGAAGGUCGCGUGCCGAAUCCGCCGUUGUUGGUCCGCACCCCCGGCAUCCCCGCGGUCGUUACGACCCACGUUGGAAAGAAAGAUAAAAUCAAGGCGGCGCCGAGGCCCCUCCGUCGUCGGCAGCCCAAGCUCAGCACGAGCAUCCAACGCUUUGAACGGUUCACAGUGUACGAGACUCGCACGCACUACUAUCUCGUCGGUUCCGAUCGGUUGUACUCUCAAUUUCGCUUGUUUUCGCUGGACCGAACCAUCAAGGAGCCUCCAAAUUUGGCCGCCAUAUUCAAGAACGAACCCGCUGUGCACAAUUGGGAUGCCAUGGAAGCCAAGCUCCAGGAACUGGACGCCGACGCUCGCAAACGAUCUUUAUCCUCGUCCUCCUCCUCCUCGUCGUCGGCGUCCCCAAUUGGACUCGUUCGAGCAUUCGCUGCCGUUGCGAUCGUCGGGUUUGUCAAGUUUCUCCAAGGGUAUUACCUCGUGCUCGCGACACAGCGACGAAAGAUUGGGUGCAUCGGUGGUCACUUCAUCUACGCGAUUCAGUCGGUGCAAUACCUGCCCAUCCGGCAGCCCACUGCGACAGACGGUACGCCGUGGACGUGGGUGAGCCGAUGGCUUAACCCGGAUGCGGUCGAGGACGCCGAGGACCGCUACUCGGUGCUGUUUAAGCUCGUGGACCUGACCAAAGACUUUUACUACAGCCCCACGUACGACCUAACGCACACGCUGCAGCACAACAUGACAACCAACCAAACCAAGCCGUUCAACAUGUUUGAGUGGAACCACUUUCUCACGCAAGAGUUUUCGUCGUGUUUGGGCAUGCCGUCCGCAUGCGACGAUUGGAUCCAGCCGCUUGUGAUGGGCUUUUACGAACAGCGCAAGUGCAGUUUGUUUGGCCGGUUGAUCAGCCUCAUUUUGUUGGCGCGGCGGUCGCGCCACUUUGCCGGCACGCGUUACUUGAAGCGAGGGAUUUCCGACACGGGCAAGGUUGCAAACGACGUCGAGACGGAGCAAAUCCUCGAGGAUGAAAACACGCAAGGCAAGUUGAGCUCGUUUGUGCAGUACCGUGGGUCGAUUCCGAUCUUUUGGACGCAAGAAACGAGCGUCACGGUGCCCAAGCCCCCGAUCAAACUGAAUCGCAUCGAUCCGUCGUACACGGCGACGCAACUUCACUUUGCCGACCUCUUUGAACGGUACGGGUCGCCCGUCCUCGUACUCAACUUGGUCAAACAGCAAGAGAAAACGGCGCGGGAGAAGCUCCUGGGCCAAGAGUUCAAGGACGCUGUCGAGUACCUCAACACGUUUAUCCCUGUCGAGCACCGCAUUCGAUACGUCGCGCUCGACUACUCGCGUCUGUCCAAGUUCAAAGUUGACCAUUCCAAAGUCGAGGCCGUACGCCAAGGACUUGAAAAGGUCGGUGCGUGGGCGCUGGACCAAACAGGGUUCUUCUGCUCGGCGCCGAAAAGGCAAAUUGGCACUGGUACGAACAAACGAACAGCCCGCCGGACGAAUCCGCCCCCGAUGCCAAUUCUCCCUGCAAAUUCGUCGCGCCCGACCACGCCCCCCCUCCAGGGCCACUCCGGCCCGCCAGACAGUUCGGCGAUCAAGCCGUUGAGUCCAACCAUUCCGCGCGACUCGGGCGAUUGGCUCGAGCAGCAUGGCGUGCUGCGGACAAAUUGCAUUGAUUGCCUGGAUCGCACCAACGUCGCUCAAUUCAGCGUCGCAAUGCUGGCGCUGGGCCAACAAUUGUAUGCGAUGGGGAUCCGCAACACGCCCGUCUUGGAAAGCUCGUCACAGAUUUUACAAGAGCUCACGACCAUGUUUGGCCACAUGGGCGACGUCAUCUCGAUGCAGUACGGGGGCAGCGAAGCCCAUAAGAAUGUGACCAAGUCCAAGGAAAACAUCAAGGCGUGGGAGCUCCUCACGUCCAUCCGUCGGUACUACAGCAAUGCGUUCACGGACAACUUGAAACAAGACGCGAUCAACUUGUUCCUGGGCAACUACGUCCCGUCGCCGUCCACGUCGCCGUUGUGGCUCCUCGAGAGCGAUUAUUACCUGCAUAACGUUAAGAUCCAGCAUGGCCUGUCGCUUUCCGAGAUGGGACCGUUCCACCGCCGGUCGAACCUGAAGAAAGCACAGACAGAGGAAGAUAAAAUGUUGUACCAGCAAUACCGCGACUCGCUGCAGCCCCAGUGGUGGAAGCCGAGCAUCGAAGCGUUCGACGCACCCAAGUUUAUCGAGAAGCAACCAGGUCAGGUCAAGACCCCGCCUCGUUCGGGCUCGAGCAGCAUCGACCACCACCGCAAGGCAAGCUCAACCUCUGUCGGAUCCAGCGACGAAUCCAUUUUGCAGGCCACGGACAAGGACGAGCUCUUCUUCUUUGACAAAGCUCUCGGCCACACGUUUAUGAUUCCCGUGUAUAUUCUGGCCAAGGACCAAAUGGAUGGCCACCACAACCUCCACCAUCACCACGGCAUGAGCCUGCUGGCGCCUCCACCGCCAUCGUCAUCGUCGUCGUCGUCACUCGUUCGGACGCAAUCGUCGUUGUUGCACAAAGUCCGGGCGAUGAGUGCGCCGGACGAAGCAGUCGUGUCGUCGGACUUUUCGUCGUCGUUGAAACGCAGCAUGAGCAACGUUGGACUCAAAGACUUGGGCGACUCGUUCAAGCAGUCGGACGCGGCGAGCACGGCCACCCCAGUCGAUCUGGCGUCGUCGACACCGACCUUGAACAUUGAAGAGUACGCCGCCGCCCGCGGCAUUCGCAGAGAGUACAUUGGGAGCUGCGCCCCUGUAACCCCCGAGCCCGUCUACGUUGGGUAUGUCGAGUCCCAGGGAAACGUGUCGUUCUGGGAAAAGGAAAACAAAACCGCGCGCAGUGAUUUCCUCGUCUACCUGCGCGAAUUUUCUAUCGACGUGGACGACAUCGACGGGAUCGUCGACGCCGCUGUCCGUGGCGGAUGCACGUACAAAAUCCAGACGGGGGUGUAUGCUGGUCUUGAUCAGCACACCAAGGCCCGGGCGCUUCUACCAACCAAGAAAUUGUUCAAGACAGACAUGCUCCAUUUGUGUCACGACGAUCCGUCGAUGGACGACAUGUGCAACAGCGCCAUCGACCCCGCCAGUGCCGACCUGUACGCGUCGUACUUUGAUCAAACGACGGAAACAGCGUCCUUCCUCACGUCGUCGAUCGUUGGUGACGUCGGCACCGCCACGCACGAAUCGAUCACGGCCGACACGAUGCUGUCGUCGCAGUUGGACCAGACUGGUGCGACGAGUGGCCAGUACGACGACUACAUUCUCUUCAACGCGAGUGCUGCAGACCACCAGUUUCAAGACGUGAUGAAGACCGUAAACGAGCUCUCGUUUGUGAAAAAGAAAUAAAUUCACGUCGGCCGUCUUAAGAGCGAAUUGCAAUCGACCUGACCGGUGCUGUGUUGGUUACUUCUUGGAAGUGUGCAGACGAUGGAGAUGCACACGAAGGCACGCCGCGGACAGCGCCGCCUCGACGGUAUGAACGCAUGCUGACUUGGUUUAGAAGUCCCGGUCCGAUUCCGACCCGGAUUCGGACCCACCCGAUGCCGACUUGCCACUCGACUCGACUUCGCUACCCGUGGCUGAAUCGUCGUCGUUGUCGAUGAGUUCGCCCGAGUCGGCCACGGACACUUCGUCGCUGUCGUUGUCCGAGUCAAUCGCAGUGUUUUUUU